GGUUCCAGCACCAUGGAGGAUGAUGUCAGCUUGAAGUUCCGUCAGCAGCUUCUGCUCAUUGAUGAAAAUCUGGUGGCUGAAGAUGUAGCAGCUUUAAAAUUUCUCUGUACUGACUUGCUCCCCUUCAAAAAACUAGAAAGUGUGAAGUCAGCAGUGGACAUCUUUCAGCUUCUCAUGGCUGAAGAAUAUCUGAAUGAGAAAGAUACUUUCCUACUAGCUGAACUCUUAUACAGAAUUAAAUGUCACUCCUUGCUCAAGAAACUUGGUUAUACCAAGGAGAAAGUGCAAGAAUGUCUGCAUGAGAAGGGAAGAGUGUCUCCGUACAGGCAGAUGCUGUAUGAAUUGUCAGAGAACAUUACCAAUGAGAUCUUGAAGGAUAUCAUAUUCCUCCUGCAAAACUGUCUUCCAAAGCGACGGAUAACUCUUUCUGCUCUGGAAUUACUGAUUUUAUUGGAAAAACAGGGACUUUUAACUGAGAACAAUGUACAGAUGCUGGAGGAAAUCUGUAUGAAUGUUUCACCUGAUCUCCUGGACACGGUAAACUGCUACAAAAGGGCAAAAGUGUCUCUGCCUCAGCAGGAGAACACUCUGCCAGUCAAGGAAUCCUCACUGUCUCGCCCUGGAGACAUCAGACUAUUCACUUCCCCUCAGGAGACAUCGAUCAAAUUUGUUGGUUCUAAUAUCAAAGAUAACAAAGCAGCUGAUCUUACACAAGGCUUCUCUGAAAUGAACCUGGAGCUGCCUGGAGAAUUCAGCAACGUAGAAAAUGAAUCCAAGAAGAUGACGAUCUACAAAAUGGAUGGACCACACAGAGGAUUUUGUCUUGUUAUUAAUAAUGUUAACUUUGAUGGGUCUCUUCAGGAGAGGAAGGGUUCUUGCAAAGAUGCUGAGGAACUGGAGCGAGUAUUCACAUGGCUUGGUCUGGAUGUGAGGACUUACACAAAUCAGACAUCUUGGGAGAUUAAAGAUCUCAUGCGAACUUGGCAGCAUUUGCAAGAUCACAAAGACAGGGACUGUUUUAUAUGUUGUAUUCUAUCUCAUGGAGAGUCAGGAGCGAUCUAUGGGAAAGAUGAGGAACUUGUAUCAAUCCGCAUGAUCAUGUCCCACUUCACUGCCAAACAAUGUCCACAGCUGGCUGAAAAACCCAAACUCUUCUUUAUCCAAGCAUGCCAGGGUAAAGAGAUACAGUGUCCUGUCUACGUUGAAGCUGAUGCACGAAUUCCUGACUUGUCUGCCAUGCAACAGAGCAUUUCUCCUUCUGAAAGUAUUCCUGAAGAGGCAGAUUUCCUCCUAGGCAUGGCCACAAUUGAUGGAUAUGCCUCUUUCCGCCACAUUCAACAGGGUGCUUGGUAUAUUCAGGCCCUGUGCAGCAAGCUACAGUUGUUGGUACCAAGGGGUGAAGAUAUUUUGUCGAUUCUUACAGAAGUUAAUGAAGAUGUGGGCAGACGUGUUGACCGCUGGGGGACAAAGAAGCAGAUGCCCCAACCAGCAUAUACCUUAAGAAGAAAAUUUAUAUUCCCAAUACCUAGAGACCCUCCUCCUUCACAGCAACGUUGA